GGACAUGGCGGGCGAGUUCUGGGAGGCGAUCGGAGACCAGAUUUACUAUUGGAUUACUAAUCAAUCUUCCAUGGGAAGGAGAUAUUUUCCGGAAACAAGAGUGUUUUAUACCAGUGCGUGUAAAGGAUUAAUGAGCCGGAGCGGAUAGACCUGGGGACGGAGACAGACGGACCUGUGUGUGGAAGAUGAUGCCCCGGGCGGUGAGGUGGGCACAUCUAUGGUUCUCAGUGGCAGUUACAGUUGCAUCCCAGUGACGGACAGCAGUGGACCCAGACCCGCCCACCUGGACCGUGAGCUCUACCUGCCCCGCCACUCUCGGGCCCGCAGGCCCAAGCUUCAGCACCCUCAGUCUGUUCUCCGUAAACAGGCAGAGGAAGAGGUUAUCAAGAGAUCCUGGUUACUGUCUGACAGCUAUGAGCUCUCAUCUGACCAACACGACAAGCAGGGGGAAAUGCUAGAGCGUAAAUAUGGUGGCCGUUUCAUUACCCGGCAUGCUGCUCGCACCAUCCAGACAGCCUUUCGUCAGUAUCAGAUGAACAAGAACAUUGAAUGUUUUAGGAGUUCUAUGUCGGAGAACCCUAUGUGCAGAAGGAUUGUUCUUUCCGAUAUGAGAAUGCAGUUUUCCUUUGAAGAAUAUGAAAAGCAGGUCUCACUAACUGAUGAUGACUCUGAAGUUGAUGCGCUGGUGAAGUCAGAACAUGGUGAGGAAAGGGGCAUGCAGGCCCACACAACACACAGCAACUUCAAAGAUGCCCUUACAGAUUUAGAGGAUGCCUUCUCCAGGCAGGUCAAAUCUCUGGCCGAAUCAAUAGAUGACACAAUAAACUGCCACAGCGUACUUGAUAAAGACUGUCAGCCACAGCCAGGGAGAGGCCAAUUGGAGAUAGGCAGGGAGCUCACCUGCCACGUGAAACCUUCCCACAGCACUCCUGAAAACUGUAAAGGGGAGGAGAUGACAAGAUCUUACAGUGGGGUCGUACUUUACAUUGACGAAGAAGAAUUAUCACCUCCCCUGCCCGUGGACCGGCACUCCAUCACAGAAUUGGACGUGAGCAAGCUUUCCCUCAAUUCCCCCCAGGACUACUGGUUAAUGGCUCAUAAAGAUGAAAUAUGGGACCCUGACACUAGCUACCACAGCACACCUUCCUUAGAAAGAUGGGAACAGCGUCUGCGUGUUGACCACCUUCCCUUAUUGACCAUAGAACCUCCCUGUGACAGUUCGGUGCAGCUGAGGAAUCAGUCUGACCACAGCUCUUGGAGCCCCAGCAACCAGCACAUGAGCCCCAAACACAUCGGCCAGAGCCUGCCACCGUGGAGGCCCCCGAGAGAAGAAGAUUUCUCUCACCAUCAUCCCCGACUAGAGUCCUACGUGGAUAUCAAUGGUACAGUAAACCCACGGAGCAAGUCAGAGUCUGAUUUAUCUGACAGUGUCGACAGCACAUCAGACUCGAUCGACUGUAGCUCAGAGUCUUCGUCUAGGUACAGCCUGAGGGAGCAGGAGCUCAGCAAAAAGACAUACCACAAAGAAACUCCUAACAGCUGGGACUCACCUGCUUUCACCAAUGACAUCAUUCGCAAGCGACACUACCGCAUUGGUCUAAACUUCUUCAACAAGGAACCAGAAAAAGGCAUCCAUUAUCUGAUAGAACAAAACUUUGUUCCAGACACCCCAACGGGUGUGGCCGAUUUUCUGCUCCAGAGGAAAGGCUUGAGUAGGCAGAUGAUUGGCCAGUUCCUGGGUAACCGGCAAAAAGAGUUCAACCGGGAUGUUCUUGAUUGUGUGGUGGAUGAAAUGGAUUUCUCAGCUAUGGAAUUGGAUGAGGCACUCAGAAAAUUCCAGGCACACAUCAGAGUACAAGGGGAAGCACAGAAGGUUGAGCGAUUGAUUGAAGCAUUCAGCCAACGCUACUGCAUCUGCAACCCUGGAGUGGUGCGACAGUUCAGGAACCCAGACACCGUGUUUAUGCUUGCCUUUGCCAUCGUCCUCCUCAACACCGAUAUGUACAGCCCCAAUGUUAAACCUGAAAGCAAGAUGAAAUUGGAGGACUUUGUUCAAAACCUUCGAGGAGUUGAUGAUGGGGAGGACAUUUCUCGAGACAAGCUGGUAGGGAUAUAUGAGCGGAUUCGCAACCGAGAGCUCAAAACUAAUGAAGACCACGUAUCCCAGGUUCAGAAAGUGGAAAAACUGAUUGUUGGAAAAAAGCCAAUUGGCUCUUUACACCAAGGUCUUGGCUUUGUACUGUCACUAUCCCACAGGAGACUGGUGUGUUACUGCAGACUUUUUGAAGUACCUGACCCCAAAAAAACACAAAAGUUGGGCAUGCAUCAAAGGGAGAUCUUCCUUUUUAACGACCUGAUAGUGGUUACAAAGAUUUUUCAGAAGAAAAAGAACUCUGUGACGUACAGCUUUCGGCAAUCCUUCUCACUUUCUGGCAUGCAAGUAUUGCUCUUUGAGAAUCGGAAUUAUCCCAAUGGAGUUUGUUUGACAUCAGCCAUUCCUAGAGCAGGCGUCAAAGUCCUCAUUAAUUUCAACGCUCCCAACUCUCAGGAUCGCAAAAGGUUUACUGACGAUUUGCGAGAAUCUAUUGCAGAAGUUCAAGAAAUGGAGAAGUAUCGGAUAGAAUCUGAUCCAGAAAAACAGAAGGGUGUGUUGAGGCCCAGUUUUUCCCAGACUUUGGGAUUAAAGAAGGAAACUGGAAAUGGCAACCUGAGCCAAGCAAGCCUUGAUGACAGCUAUGCAACUGGUGCAGGUCUGAAGAGAAGCCCCUUCAGCAGCUCCCUACACGACCUCUCGGAUGCAGGGCGGCGGGGGAGACGCCACAGUGUGGGAUCACUAGACAGCAAUCUGGAAGGCUCCAUCAUUAGCAGUCCUUGUGUGCAGCAGAGAAGCCCGUCCAGCCGGAACUGUCCGUCCCGCUGCAGUGACAAGUCACUGCCCAACUCUCCCUCAUUGCUUAGGUCUUUGUUUGGCACCAGGCGGGCGAUGUCCCCCAGCCCUAACUUUCAACCCCCACAUCUCACCCAGAUCUCUCCCAGCCUGCACCGGUCCCCCAGCCCUAACUUUCAACCCCCACAUCUCACCCAGAUCUCUCCCAGCCUGCACCGGUCCCCCAGCCCUAACUCUCAACCCCCACAUCUCACCCAGAUCUCUCCCAGCCUGCACCGGUCCCCCAGCCCUAACUUUCAACCCCCACAUCUCACCCAGAUCUCUCCCAACCUGCACCGGUCCCUCAGCCCUAACUCUCAACCCCCACAUCUCACCCAGAUCUCUCCCAACCUGCACCGGUCCCCCAGCCCUAACUCUCAACCCCCACAUCUCACCCAGAUCUCUCCCAACCUGCACCGGUCCCCCAGCCCUAACUCUCAACCCCCACAUCUCACCCAGAUCUCUCCCAACCUGCACCCAGCAGCUUGUGUGGGGACGGACACACCGGUCCCCGUGCGCCCACACCAAACCCAACUACGCCAAUGGAGCCAAAACCCCCCAUCUUACCCCCACAACCACCACCCACCAGCCCACCCGCAGCACGCUCUGCACCAGCACCACCAGCACCACCCGCCCACUCACCAGCCACACCCCCCCACUCACCAGCACCACCCCCCCACUCACCAGCACCACCCCCCCACUCACCAGCACCACCCCCCCACUCACCAGCACCACCCGCCCACUCACCAGCACCACCCCCCCACUGCUGCCAGCCAACAGCCACCCCACCCACCUCACCCUCACCUGCAGCACAGCCAUGGGAGCCAUUCAGCACAUUCUCUCUCCUCCACCCACACCCCCGACCUCCACAGUCUCACGGUGCCGCCCGUUCAGAGUCUCAGCGGUACCAAACCCAAGCACAACGGCAUCAGUACCGUGGUGUGAGGUCUGCACUGCAGACUCUGGGCCCAGUGUUUGCUGUCUGAGAUGUGACGCCGGAUAAUAUGUUAUGCUUUCUUCAUCUUUUUUUCUCCCUAACAAUCAUAACAAGCACAGAUCAUUUAUCUUUUUUAUUUCAAGUAACCCCUUUCAUGUAGUUUUCAGUCUUAAAUCAUGUCUGCUUCAAGAGAAACAGGGGGUGGAAGGCAUAAAUAGAAGUAUAUUAAUACAGGACUGUCUCAGAAAAUUAGAAUAUUGUGAUUUUCUGUAAUGCAAUUACAAAAAAAAAAAUGUCAUACAU